GCUGCCCAGCUCCCCUAGAGCCGCCGUGGCCAGGCCAGCCCCGUGCAGCCCACGGGGGCCCCGUGGGGCUGUGGCACGAUGCUGCUCCCCUGGUGCCCGUGCCCUGGUCUCUCCAAGUCCCCUGCCAGCAGGGCGGGCGCCCGCGGUGGCUGCUGCUAAUGAGGGUGACAUUUGUGCCUGCACGCGCGGGGCUGGCUUGGAAGCGCAGUCCGCCUCCCGCUGCGCCCUCCGCUCCUCUCGCUCGCGACGCCUUGGACGACCCCGGCUCGUCCGAAGCUCUUUGCAGUGGUCCGGACACUGGUUCUCCUUCCCGGCCCCUCGAAGAGCAGCAGCCAGGCCCGCGGUCGAGCUUCUCGGGGGAGGCACGAUGAGAAAUGCGGGGCCCAAGCCCCGAAGCAGCCCGACUCCGUUAUCUGGCUUUUCCCUCGCUGCAGAGAUAGCAAAGGGGCCUGGUUUACCCAUUGAAAUGAUAACUGAGUUUCAGAUUUAAAGCCCUGAGCCCCUUUGCUUCCUCUCCUUCACUUAAGCUGCCUCCCGCAGACCUCUGGCAGCCAAAGAUUGGGUUGGUUUUUAAGAGCUUGGGACGCACCGAGUCAAAUAAAGGAUGCCAGCAAAGCCAAGCGGAUGCGAGCUGGUUGUCUGCAUCCCACUGGAUCCUGUCGGCUCCACCUGCAGACAGGAGGGCUCGAUCCCUCCCUGGUCCAAAGGGGAUCUGUAGGAUCCGGCCCAAGAAAAGAGGGUCGAGGGUGCAGGCUGAGCACGGCAGAGAGGACCCUGGGCACAGCCAGGUGUGGGGUGAGCUGGAUUUAUUCAGUGCUAUAAAUGCAGGUGUGAAUAAAGAUGAGGAAGGGGAUGCCUUUUGGAUCCUAUAAACUGCAAGGAUUGAUCCCGGAGCCGGUUGGGAAAGGCACGUGCCAUCCCUUGCAAACAAACCCGGCUUUUCCAGCCCGAGCACCACUGUUGGGGGUCUAAUAAAGAUAUUUUUUGUAGCCAGCUUAUAAGUGGAUCCCACGGCAAAACUUGCUACGGCAGAGAUCUGCAAAGAAGAUAAUUACCUUUCUUUUGAGCAGCUCUCUAGACCGGCUUCUUUUCUGAAGCCCAAGGACGAUGUUGCGGAGCAGUCUGCGGAGAAAAUUGCCUUCGGAGGAAAGAAAGUCCUCUUUUUCCCUGCGCUCGGAGUGGUAGGACUCUGCUCCCUUUUGCGUUCGUCCCAGGCAGGCCCAGUCUGGUCCAAAGGAAAUGGGAGAAAGGAGCUAAAAGCGAGGCUUUGCCGCGAGAUGAAGUGAUGGGUGUUACCGGGGACGACGCCUCCUGGCUCAGUGGUCUGGUGUCUGCAGCGACCAUCUCCAGCCUCUUCCCAGUGUAGGAUUCACCGCUCUCUUCCGCCUUGCCCCCAGGUUAGCCCCACUGCGUCCCAGCGAGGGUGAGAGACGCACGGGGGGGCAGCUAACCGGACAGGGGAGAGCACCCUGCCCCUGCUCGCUGAUGUCACGGCUGCCCCACGGUGACCUCGCUGCACCAAACUGUGGGUGGAUCUGAGGGCAUCCUGAUCAAGAACAAACUUCCCUAUUCAAGAAAGCGCUGAAAUGUGUUAAAGGGGUUUCCUGGGGGAACGUGGGUGGGAAUCAGUGCCGCACCCAGGCUCCUGGCAAACUUUUAGUCUCGGGCCCCCUCCGCCAGAGAUAAUGAUAUUUUUGUUGCAAAAGUCUUGAUCACAUCUGUGGUGAUCACCCAGCCGCUAGGGUCAUUAGAUCAGGACUCCAGAGAUCCGAAUAGUGAUACCUUCCCUGCUACUGCCUUCCCUUGUAGCCACGGGCAAGUCACUUAGCCUCCAGCAACUUCAGGCGCCAGCCCUGGUGCGAGGAUCUCGACAAUAAACAUGGUAAGAGGACAGCUCAUCUUGGGAUACAGCCCUAUGAGGAAAGAUGCAGAGAACCAAGCAUGGUUUCAUAGUUUCUAGGGUCGGAGGGGACCUGAACAGAUCAUCAAGUCCGACCCCCGGAUGGUUAGCCUGGAAAAGGAGAUGAAAAGGGGCCCGAGCUGCUUUCUGGUGCUCAAAGGGCUGCUGUAAAGAAGACGCGUUCUCCCUUGCUGCAGAGAGCAGGACACGAGUCUAAAGUGCCGCGACGCAGACGGAGACGAGAUCUCAGGGAAAACGUCCUCCCUGCCGGAGCGGCAGGACGGUGGGACAAGCCGCCCAGAGACGCUGUGGGAUCCCCCUCCUUGGAGGUUUCCAGGCAGAGGCCGGAGGGGCGUCUCUGGGAUGGUUUGGGAGCAGGAGGCUGCAUCUGUGCGAGGCAGGUGGGUUAGGCGGCCUACGAGAGCCCAUCCAAGCUUGAGAGGCUCUGAUUCAACCCAUAUGGCACGACACCAGAGCGCUCAUGCCAUAUGGAAAGCAUCAGAAAAGUGCGUCCCCUUCAGUACUUCCCCGCUGUCUCUUCCUUUCUCCCGUAAACCUCCAAGGAAGCAAGUACAAACCCAACCAAGCAUUUGGAAAGCCAGGCCUGCCGGGGCAAGAGGCAGCCACACCACCUCGAAGCUGGGGUGAGAUGCGUGCCAGCAAACCUAACUGAGCAAACAAGCGGCAGGAUGGAGUGUUAAUUAAACCUGCACAAAACCAGAUGAUUUAUCCUUGAGAGACCCAAUGUUCCCAGUUAGUUCCAAUAAUUACAAGGGCUUUGUUUUUUUUUCCCUUCUUCCAUCUGCUCUCCUAUUCUUUCUCCUUAAUUAAUAGAUUGUCCUUAAUGGACUUAGCGCUCUUUUUUAGAGCAAAAACAAAACCCACUGGUAAAAUGGUUUCCUGGCUCCGGAUAGCGGUGUGAUGCUCUCUAAAUGCAUCAAGCUCCAGGAAGGGAGUCUGAAAUGUAAGUGCAGCGUGGGUUCGUCCAAACAGGGUGAAAAUUUUACAUGAGGGGGUGUUUGCAAGGGGGCUUUUAAUCCAGGGAGAAAUUGGUGCUACAGGGUACGUGGAUGGUGUGAAGGGAAGGGAGCUCAACAGCAGGGAAAUAGGCACGCUGCCCUCGCCUUCGGGGGUCAGGCAGCUUAGGUGUUCUUGGCAGCAGGGCUGCUGAUGCUGGGGUGUUAUCUAUACCCAGACACCACCGGCAUGACUUAAAGCCGCCCCGAGGCUGUUCUAACCCAUGCCAGCAUCUGGUUUCACACUCAGACCUGCAUCCCGUCCCUUCGUGCUCUUCACUGCCGGAUGCAAUCAGCCCCUGGAUCCGUUACACCGGUGAUGUUGGCAAAAUGCAAAACAUGAGAUCCUGGACCACGUGUGCCGGAGAUCCGUGCCCCAGAGCCGGAUCCUGGAGGGUGCCCGGUGAUUUCAGCAGGUCCCACUGGGCCACUGUGAGUCAAAAGGCUCCAACCUGUUCUCCUAGGAAGUCCUGGUUUCAAAGGAAAAGCUGCAUAUCCCCAGCACAACUCCUGGCCUCUGACUUUGAUUUAUUUGCUUAUGUAUUUAAGGAAAAAAAUGUUGUGUUCCAAGUCAAACCUUGCAAGGAGGCACUGGGCAAGCCAGAGCAGCUCUGCGGGGCGUUUUCCAGCCUGCGGGACCAGUGGACGGUCCCCACUUUUAGCAGCCAAGGGGGCUGGGAUGACCUCUAGUGCAGCAAAGCAGGGGGGUUGCACUGGAUGUCACCUCCUGAGGUCCCUCCCAACCCUCAUUUCCCUUCUAAGAGGCUCCUGGCCCUGCCCCAGCCCAGGCUGGAGGGAGGACCCAGGAGUCCUGCCCUGCGGGGUGGUUGUGCUGGCAUAGGGCUGAGCUUGGCUUUGGACCUAGCUGUCUGCAGCAGAGCUGGGGGGUGGCACAGGCACAGUCCCCGCAGGACCUGCCCAUCCUCGGGGGUGGGCAGCGCUCAAUGCCAGCCCCUCGGUCCCCUCCCUCCGGCAGCGCAACGCCCCAGGCUCUCCUGCAGUUGAUCCGAAGCAAGGAGCGGACAGACACUCCGGGAGCCGGGACAGCCCCUGGGUGGCUGGAUCCGGGACGCCUGGGGUCUUCAAGGAGCCUGGGCUGGGCGCUACAAAGAACCCCCCCCCUCCCCCUUAGUGGGGAGAAAACCCAGGGGUCCGGCUGCCCCCCACCAGCCAUGCGGGCAGUAGGGAUGGGCACAGCGGGCAGCGCCGGGCACAACGCAUCGCUGCUGCCCCCCAACGGGUCAUGCGGGGCCGGGGGGCUGCUGUGCGGGAACAGCUCGGGGCCCCCUGGCCCCCCGCGCCUGGUGGAUGCCUGGCUGGUGCCCCUCUGCUUCGCGGCGCUGCUGGUGCUGGGGCUGGCGGGCAACUCCCUGGUCAUCUACGUGAUCUCCAGGCACCAGCCGAUGAGGACGGUCACCAACUUCUACAUCGCCAACCUGGCCACCACCGACAUCAUCUUCCUGGUCUGCUGCGUGCCCUUCACUGCCAUGCUGUACCCGCUGCCCGGCUGGGUUUUCGGGGAGUUCAUGUGCAAGUUCGUUAACUACAUCCAGCAGGUCUCCGUGCAGGCCACCUGCAUGACGCUGACGGCCAUGAGCGUGGACCGCUGGUACGUGACCGUGUUCCCGCUGCGCUCCCUGCGCCAGCGCACCCCCCGCGUCGCCGUCGCCGUCAGCCUGGGCAUCUGGAGCGGUUCCUUCGUCGUCUCCGUCCCGGUGCUGACGUACCACCGGCUGAUGGAGGGCUACUGGUUCGGGCCCCAGACCUACUGCAGCGAGUCCUUCCCUUCGGCGGCUCACGAGAAGGCCUUCAUCCUCUACAACUUCCUGGCUGUCUACCUGCUGCCUCUGCUGACCAUCUGCGUCUGCUACACCGCCAUGCUCUAUCAGAUGGGGCAUCCUGCCGUGGAGCCGGCCGAGAAUGGCUACCAGGUGCAGCAGCUGGCGGAGCGGUCGGAGGCCUUGCGCGCCCGGAUCUCCCGCAUGGUGGCCAUCAUCGUGGUGCUUUUCACCGUGUGCUGGGGGCCCAUGCAGUUCCUCAUCCUCCUGCAAGCCUUCGCGCCUGGCUUCCAGCGCAACUACUACACCUACAAGGUGAAGAUCUGGGCCCACUGCAUGUCCUACACCAACUCCUCGGUCAACCCCCUCGUCUACGCCUUCAUGGGUGCCAACUUCAGGAAGGCCUUCAGGAAAGUCUUCCCCUUUGCCUUCAAGCAGCGGGUGGGCGGCAUCGGCGCGGGCAGCGCCAACGUCAACACCGAGAUGCACUUUGUCUCUUCCGGCAAGUAGCGGGUGGAGAUGCCCUGAGCAGGGGGUGGGAGGAGGGCCCUGAACCCCCCAAAUGUGCCCCGGGGUCUGUCUUGUCCACCCCAGUCCUGCAGCCACUUCUGGGGUGGGGAGGCAGCAGUUGCUGGCGUGACCCAGAGCUACGCUCCAUGCCAGGUGAGGGCAGGAUGCGGAGAACGCUCCAUGCUGAGGGUGAGAUGAGCAGGCUCACCCAGGCCGACCACCUCUGCUAGCCACCGCCUGGGUCUUCUAGCCACUGCCAUGCCAGGACGUCUGCUUUUCUGAAAGAGGCUGCACCGUCCAGCUCCCGGCGCAAGCUCAGAGGAGGAGGAGCAACCCUUCUGGGCCCUGGGAUUCACACCGCAGGUCUCUCCCACUGCUAUGAACCAUGCGAGCCCCUCUGCACCCCAGCCCCAGGGGGGAAAACUGCUCAUCGUGAUGUCCCCAUCCCCGCUGCAGAGAGCAGCUCUUGUCCUGACACAGCUCUGUGCCGCUUCCCAUCCUGGCUCGUGAGAGGCACUUUUGCUUGAGGGCAGGGAAAGCCCAAAUGAUUCUCCCCGCCGGAUGGAUGGGGCUAAGGGACUUGGCUGAGGCCACACAGGGGAUCAGUGGCAGAGCAGAGACUAGACCCACUCUCUCCAGGCUGUUUCUGCUGGGUACCGUCCUCAGAAGCAUCCGAUACUGGCCACUCUUGGUGCUGGGAUCCUGACGGGCCGUGGCUUGCAGCAGCUCUAAGGCAGCCAGCUACGGUGAUAGUGGCUCUGAAGGCACCCGACCCAGGCCUGCCGAGGCAGAGAGUGCCCCAGGUCUGCAGCAGCUCAGCUGUCACAGGCCUCUGUGCAAUGCUCUCCACGCUUCCCCUCUGCAGGGGAGGGAGGCUGCUUUUGUUCCAGGUGUGGUUGGGGGCAAGGGGGGGCUGAGUCUGCCCCAACUCAUGACACCUGCUACCUGUUCAGCCCGAAGAGGGGGGGGGGCGGGUGAAGCUCUGCUCCCCUGGUGCAAAGGAGGUACCACGAGGUUCCUCUGCAGAGGCAGCCCAUGCAAGCGCCCACGGCAGCUUUGAUCCAAGCCCACGCCAAGAUCCUGCUGCUUCUUUGUAAGUAGAAUAAACCCAAAUCUGCUGCUGUC